GGAGGCGGAGGCGCGGGGGAGGAGGCCCCGCUUGGCUCCGCAGCCCCGGAUGCUGCAUGACUUCAUCCUUCCGCCGGCUCCCCUGCUGAGCGAGGGCCGGUCCGGCAGCUAGCCCGCCGCCCGCGCCCCGCCGCAGUCCCGCGCCCGCCAUGUCCGAGAUCCUGCCCUACAGCGAGGACAAGAUGGGCCGCUUCGGCGCCGACCCCGAGGGCUCUGACCUCUCCUUCAGCUGCCGCCUGCAGGACACCAACUCCUUCUUCGCGGGCAACCAAGCCAAGCGACCCCCCAAGCUGGGCCAGAUCGGCCGAGCCAAGAGAGUGGUGAUCGAGGAUGACCGGAUAGACGACGUGCUGAAGGGGAUGGGGGAGAAGCCGCCGUCCGGAGUGUAGACGCGCCGCCGCGCUCUUGCACUUUAGAACCUCGGGCCGCAGCCCCACCCCGCACACCGGAACGGACAGAGACCCGCGGCCCUCAACCCCCGGCCCGUCCCCUCCCGCACGGCUCCCCUGCCCCGCCCCUCUCCGGCAGGUGUGGUCUGCAAACCGACUGCCUGCCGGUGUCGGACCUCGCGCGCGGCCAGGGAUGUUUGGCUGCGUAUUUGCAUGAGCUUCCCACCCCUCUGAGCCCAGCCGCUCCUCACCCCCACCCCAGUCUGGCGUGACCCCAGCCUCAGCCUCUUUCUAAGGGACUUCCUCAGCACAUUUGUAUUUUUAUAUCCGACUCUUUGUUUACUAAUUCCCCUCAUGGUUCAUGCCCUGCCCGCCACGGUCUCGGCCACGCUCUUCUGCGCCUGGCAGAAAGGAUGGGUGUUGAGGCUGGGAUGGGACAAGCCCCCAACAUGGUAACCAACCACAUGACCAGUCUGCCCAUGCCUGAUUCCAGGCGGCUCUCUGGCAGACCUCCUCCCCUCAAGGUAACACUUUCCAAGGGCCCAGGUCUGAUUUUACCUUGGACCUUUGUGUCCUGCCCCUGGGAUUCCAAACCGGGGCUGCACUGCAUCUUUGGAUGACACCUGUGGCCCUGGAGAUGUUCUCAACCCCUGGGGGUGUCCUUUGUAAAUGUCCUCCAUCCUCACUGUACCAGGAGUGUGUGAAUAAACACAGACCUCCCUGUG